AUGGCAUCGUCAAACUUCGGAGCAUCUUCGUCAUCAGAAAACAUNGAUGAAGAACAACCUUUGAUACCAGAUAAUGUUGAUGAUUUCAGCACAGAUGAUGAAAUGGAUAAUUUACUUCGCGAUGAACNCGGUNAUGACGAUGAAAUGACANCGUCAUCUCAGCAAGUGAUUCCAGAACUGCAUGAGCGUAUGCAAUUCGAAUCAAAGGAACAAACUGUUGCUGCUAUCAAACAAUAUCACAUCACCAACGGUUACAAAUACAGCGUUGUNGAAUCGAAGCCUAACAUCUACGUUAUUCGAUGUCUAGAAUACCACAACGGUUGUCAAUGGCGAUUGAGAGCAGCCUACAGCAAAGUCCGUAAAUAUUGGGAAAUCAAAAAUAUUGAUGGCCAACAUACCUGUUUNCCAAACAUACUUUCUCAAGAUCAUUCAAAUCUUGAUAGUACUCACAUUGCCGCAAUUGUAUCAAAUNCUGUCCGCACAAACCCCUCCAUUCCCAUAAAAAGUUUGAUUGAAGAUAUUAAAGCUCGAUUCGGAUAUUCCGUGUCAUACAGAAAAGCUUGGAUCGCAAAGCAAAAGGCUCUUGCUAUGGAGUUUGGUGAUUGGGAAGAGUCUUAUAACCAUUUACCCAGGUGGUUGCAUGCGGUGAAGGAAGCAAACCCUGGUACAAUAUUACAGUGCACCGGUUCUCCAGUGGACAUUGAUGGACAAACAGACCAUAAUUGCUAUAUUAUGGAAAGAGUUUUUUGGUGA